AUGUCCUACACCUUCACCAUCCUCUCCCCAACCGACACCCCCCUCUUCACCCACUCCUUUGGCACCUCCCGGUCCGGCGGCGACGGCAUCCCGCGCUUCACCUCCUCCGAACGCGCCCUCAUCCCCUUCAUCCUCCACUCGGCCCUCGACAUCGUCGAAGAUGUCCAAUGGGGUCCUUCGACCUCCGCCGGCUCCGCCCCCAUGUACCUCAAACACAUCGACAAGUACCAGAACAACUUUAUAUCGUGCUGGAUCACGGGCGGCAACGUGCGCUUCCUGCUCCUCACGCGGCCCAGGGACGAAGCGCUUGGUCUGGGGCCCUCGUCGAGCGGGCAGAAGGGAAGUCUAGCGGGGGGCAGGGCCGGGUUGCAGUCGAGUUCCGGGAUGCUGUAUUCGCCGACGAAUGCGGCGACGGAGGAGGCGGUCAAGAAUUUCUUCCAGGAUGUGUAUGAGAGUUGGCUCAAGACGAUUAUGAAUCCGUUUUUUAAUGUGGGGAAGGGGGAUGUGGUCAAGAGUCCUGUGUUCCGGGCCAGAGUGGCGGCGGCGGCGAAAAAGUAUCUAUAA